UGGAAGGGGACAUUGACCAGUACCUGGUUGGAUGGACUGACUUGAAAUGAAACUAUUCAAUUAAAAAAAACUCGUCCCCCAACAACCCCAGAUUGAGGCCCAAUGAAAUGGGCUGGGUUCAAAUGAAAUUAAAGAAUUUCAAUGAAACAAUUAGGUUAUUCAUUUGAAUGGUAGUUGAGACAAGAAUAGCGCCUGGAAUGGUAGGUUUUUGCUAGAGAAGUUGGUUUAACUUAAGGAAGAAGAAAUAUGUGUACAUUUUGAGAUUGUCUAACUCGGAGACGCUAAACUCGGCUUCUCGGCAUUCUUUGUGGCAGUAGGAUAUUGACUCCAUCGGUUUAAGAGUGUUAAAUAUUUAAGCAUGAUGGGACCUGGCGGUGGACCUGGAGGCCCUGGCGGCGGCUGGGGUCCUGGACCUGGAGGUCCUGGGGGUGGUUGGGGGCCUGGACCCGGCGGACCUUGGGGCGGAGGACCUGGACCUGGUGGACCUUGGGGCGGAGGGCCUGGUUGGGGGCCUGGACCUGGCGGACCUUGGGGUGGAGGGCCUGGUUGGGGGCCUGGACCUUGGGGUGGAGGUCCCGGUUUCUUUCCUGGAGGGGGAUUUUUUGGUGGGUUCUUCGAUGGUAUGUGCAACAUGAUUUCUUCUUGCUUCUACGCCCUGUGCUGUUGCUGGAUGCUACAAGACUGUUUUGGUGGGCCCCGUGGCCCUGGUCCAUUCGGUCCUCCUGGUGGCCCCCGCCCCUUUUGAUAUGUAUCUGUGUUCAUUCAAAAGCACCGGGGAAUCUCAUAUUGGUGUCUCCUAAAAUAACUUGUACUGUCAGUGUAUUUUGUAAUUUUUAAUUUCAUUUGUGUUAAAAUCAGAUAGGUAUUUCCUUUGCUGACGUGUAAUUUGGAUCAUGUUAUAAUAAAUAAAAAAUAAUAUUAUAUGUAUAAA